CUUCAAGAGGACAGGGGCUGGGAAGACACGGCCGUUUUGUUACUUGCUUUAUGGGGGAGUCUUUGGCCUUCUCCCAAUACUAAAAUAGAGACCUACAAUGCCCAACACCACCCCGCUGGCCAUCCUGGUGUAGUCACAGACUGUGCAAAUGCCUGGCCACCUCUUGGGAACCUUGACAGCAGCCUCCUGAACUGUGACUUCUUUGAUUUACAGGUGUGCAGCUACUGAUAAGCAACUGUGGUGUGAACAGAGAUAAACAGAAUACCAGCCAGCACCUGGAGCCAAAAUCAAACAGAAAUACACACUUCUUCAGGCCUCGUGUUUGUCCAAGAAAUCUGUUUUUCGAAUCUCGGAAGUGCAUUCGUUUGCCCAACAAAUAUUAGCAGAGUACUGUUCGGAGAGUUUGAGGGAUGUUAGAAGAGCAAAAAGUAUGGGCCCCGCCCUCCAGGGACUUGGAGGGUGACCAGAGAACUAGCUUUCCAUUCUGUGGCCUUCGCCCAUCUCUCUGCCACCACCUCUCCUACACUGCUGUACUUGGCCAUCAUGCAACCACCACCUUAGCCAGGACAUACCCCAGGCCUCAUGAGUAUCUGACCCCAUCCGACCUCCCCAAGAACUGGGACUGGCGCAACGUGGAUGGUGUCAACUAUGUCAGCGUCACCAGGAACCAACACAUCCCCCAGUACUGUGGCUCCUGCUGGGCCCACGGCAGCACCAGCGCCAUGGCAGAUCGCAUCAACAUCAAGAGGAAAGGCGCGUGGCCCCCCACCCUGCUGUCGGUGCAGCAUGUCAUCGACUGUGGUAAUGCCGGGUCCUGCGAGGGGGGCAACGAUCUGCCAGUGUGGGAGUACGCCCACCAGCACGGCAUCCCCGAUGAGACCUGCAACAACUACCAAGCCAAGGACCAAGAGUGUGACAAGUUUAACCAGUGUGGGACCUGCACCGAAUUCAAAGAGUGCCAUGCCAUCCAGAACUACACCCUCUGGAAGGUCGGGGACUACGGCUCUCUCUCCGGGAGGGAGAAGAUGAUGGCAGAGAUCUACGCCAAUGGCCCCAUCAGCUGCGGAAUAAUGGCAACAGAAAAGCUGGUUAACUACACCGGAGGCAUCUAUGCCGAGUACCAGGACAAGGCCUACAUAAACCAUAUCAUCUCUGUGGCUGGCUGGGGUGUCAGCAGUGAUGGGAUUGAGUACUGGAUUGUCCGGAAUUCAUGGGGCGAACCGUGGGGAGAGAGAGGCUGGAUGAGAAUUGUGACCAGCACCUACAAGGACAGGAAGGGUGCCAGCUACAACCUUGCCAUUGAGGAGUCUUGUACCUUUGGGGACCCCAUUGUUUAAGUGGAUGUCUCUGGAAGUGCAAUUCUGGAAGUGAUGUCAUGAACUGUCACCAGAGGAAUCUUACAGCAUGGGUACAGGACCCUGGUGAAUGUCAAUACUGAAUCCUGGUAAUGGUGCUGAGCCCCUAGAGGAGAUACCUGUCAACAUGAGAACCUGUGUGGUACUGACUGAAAGAGCAUCCUGAGAAGACCUAAGUAGAUGACAACAACUGCACAGGACCCCACCUCCCAGUGCCUGUGGUCGGCCAUCUGAAGAGUGGUCCUUGAGAAGGGAGCAUGGGACCUCCCCUUUCUCAAACAGAGGGCUUGGCCUUUGCUAUCUAGUAGCUGUGGCCUGUACUGGCAAUUUAAGAAGUCAAAUGAUUCAAGACUCACCAGUUCUGGUGUCACCUGGGGGUCAGUGGGGGGCGGUGGGGGG